ACCGCCUCCGCCUUUUCCUCAGCGGGGCCGGUCGGGAAGGCGGCCGGUCUUCCGGCUCCGGGCAGCGGCGGAGGGGCGACCAUGAGGCGGCGCUGCGGUCGUCGCGGCCUGCGGUAGCCGGGCCUCAGCCUCGCCGCCAUGGGCAACACCCUCACCUGCUGCGUCUCGCCCGGCGCCAGCCCCAAGCUCGGGCGGGCCAGGGGCGGAGGGGCCGCGGUGGGCGGCGGCGGAGCGGGCGGGCAGGCGCACAUCAGCGACCGCGAGUUCCCGGAUGCUUACUCCCUCGAAAGUAACGCAUCACCAGAGCCAACUGCAAAUACAGUGUAUAUGUCAGUUUCCCCCAAAAUGUUGAGAGAAAAGAGGAAAAGUAACCACAUCAACCACGUUUCCCCGGGGCAGCUUACAAAAAAGUAUAGUUCGUGUUCAACAAUAUUUAUAGAUGACAGCACAGUCAGCCAGCCUAAUCUUAGGAGCACAAUAAAAUGUGUGACAUUAGCAAUAUACUAUCAUAUAAAGAACAGGGAUUCAGACAGAUCACUGGAUAUUUUUGAUGAGAAAUCUCACCCGCUGACGCGGGAAGAGGUUCCAGAUGACUACUACAAGCAUGACCCUGAUCACAAGCACAUCUAUCGCUUCGUUCGUACACUUUUCAGCGCCGCGCAGCUGACUGCCGAAUGUGCAAUAGUGACGCUGGUUUACUUGGAAAGGCUCUUGACCUACGCUGAGAUUGACAUCUGUCCAAGUAACUGGAAGAGGAUAGUUCUAGGUGCUAUAUUGCUGGCUUCGAAGGUGUGGGACGAUCAGGCUGUGUGGAAUGUGGAUUACUGCCAAAUACUGAAGGAUAUUACAGUGGAGGACAUGAAUGAGAUGGAAAGACAUUUCUUGGAGCUCCUGCAGUUCAAUAUCAACGUUCCUGCCAGUGUUUACGCCAAAUACUACUUUGACCUUCGUUCCUUAGCGGACGGCAACAACCUGAGCUUCCUGCUGGAGCCCCUCAGUAAAGAACGAGCUCAGAAGCUGGAGGCAAUCUCCAGGCUGUGCGAGGACAAAUACAAAGACUUGUCGAAAGCUGCUAUGAGGCGAUCGUUCAGCGCUGAUAACUUAGUCGGUAUUCGCCGUUCUAACGCCAUCCUCUCCUGAGCAAGAUGGGACGUUGCGACGGGCCGGCGUGUUCCUCCACACUGAGAAUACCACAGCCACCAUUAAGCUGGCAAAUGGGUUGCAAUGGUGUCUUCCAGCCAGAGGGGCAGGGUGAGCAAAUGCAGCCCAGGAAGCCCCCCCAGAGCCAGAGGAGCAUAACCCCUUUGGGAGCGGGGAACGGGGGAGAAAAGACGGGACUUGUCGAACGGGCACACCUUUUUGACAAAAAAAACCCAGAGGUGCAAAAACUUUUUGAAGAUCCUUUCUCCGUUCUCUUCCCCUUUCCCCUCCUCCACACAGAUGUUUGCUUACUGUGUAGGCCUAUAGCUGUGAACUAUGUGAGGUUUUUUUAAAAAAAAAUAAUUACUAGUUUUAAAUUUUAGGAUUUUGAACAUUAACACGACUCUCCAUGGUCGCAACGCUCUUCCCCUGCGGUCUCCCAGGACCACGCUGCUGUGGCCACCUUUCAGGGACGGAGCAGUGUGGAUCGCUGGGACUCCCAGGACGCGGUUUAAAGUCAGUCUGGAGCUCGUCAUGGCAGCGCUGACGACGACUGAAGGCUCUCUGCUGCCCUCCGCCACACAUCUGUUGCCUGCCGGUGUUCUGUUUUAAGAUCAAGGGGCUGCCGAGUCGCAUGGGGCAUUCGUUGGGUGAGCUCGAUCGCUUGGCUGGAGAUCGCCGAAGGGUUUGGAAGUUUUGGCGACUGGAGCAGAGAAACGAAGUUCUGUCGGUUUGCUAGUACAAGGGAGAGGGGAGGAACCCAACCGCCAGUGGGUCCAUUUCUUGUCACCUAUGGUGCUUUUCAUGUUCUCCUACUUGUAGUCAAACCCUGGGAGAGACGCGAUCCAUCGCACACUACUUUGCCUGAAAAGCUGAGCCAGAUCUGUAUCGAAUGCUUAGCCCAAACAAAUGUACCGACUUGGGUGUACUCAGACAAUUACGGCUGUGCUGCUAAAACAGUUAUCACAAUAAAGUGUUAUUGGAGGGGGCAGGACUGUUUUUAUCCACCCCUCGCCCCGGUUUUCACAAGACCUGAAACGGACAACAGUGUUGAGGGUCCUUGACUUGCUGGGGGAGGGGAGAACAUGAUGACCCUCAGUUCACAUAACCGCUUUUAAAACAGUC